AUGUCACCCUCUACUGCGCUACAGCGAGUGAUGGAAAAGCUCUCAAGUAUCAGUUUCACUCCUAGCCCGCUUUCAGGAUUAUCCGGGAGUGCACCAAAUCAUGGCAAGGAGCCAGAAGCUGUUGUGCAAAGCGUGCUGGCACAACACUUGAAUAAUAAAAUCGGAAAGAUCAUAAAACUUGAAACGAGACUAAUAGGAUUGCAGCGUGAACUAAGUGACGAUUUGGCUUCUUGGGGCACAACUGUGAGAAAACCAGGAUGUCAGCUAAUGGUCAGGGAACUUAGCGGACUAUACUUGGACCAGACGAUGUUCAAACAGUCGGUUGUGGACAAGCUAGAAAACAUCAAAUUGAGUCUUCACUCCGUGAAUGAGAGAGAGAAGAAGCACAAGGACCUUUUAUACACACGAACCAAGCUAACAAAGCAGGUCAAGGAUAGUGAGCUUCGUUUUGGCAAGAAUUCUUCCCACAGUACCUUGUUGAGUGAGAAACUCGAGGAAAACACCAUGAACCUCGAAGUUCUCAAUUCCCAUUGCAUUCGAGCCAUUGCUACCGAAAUGAGAGAAACUGUUCUUGAAUACACAAUAUCUUUACAGCAGAAUCUCAAGUUUUUGCUGUCUUCUGUUGCUGAAUACAGGCAGCUAUUGUCUACCAUUGACUGGGACGCAGAUAUUGAUGCCUCACUUAAAUGGGUGCAAAUGCAGCGAAAAUCAGAAUUGAAUACUCCAGUUGCUUGGCCAGAUGAUGAGAGGAACCAGAAGGAGAACGAAAUGGAGAAGGAGAGACUGCUGGAUGCAAAAAUCCAUUCUGCCGACAUCCCAGCGUGCAAAUUGUGCAAGAAAAAUAAGUAUGGAAAGUUGAUCACACCCUGUAGCCAUGGUCAGGGCCUACAGUUCAUAAGACCCCAGGAGGUGCCCCAAGAGAAUUGGUGA